AUUCGCGAGCUAUCGAUAACCGGGGAUGAGCUUGCGUUGUUGUUCUUAGCUAGUGCGAAGUAAUUGGGAAAUACAAGUGAACAUGGCCGCAAACUACGCAAAUCCGGGCAAGGGCAUCUCGACGGCGGUCCUGCGCAACCAGCUGAUGGGCCUGAUCAACUUCACCGGCACGCACAAGGACCAGGCGGACAAGUAUCGCCAGCUGCUAAAGACGGUGCUGGCGAACACCGGCCAGGAGCUGAUCGAUGGUCUCCGGCUCUUUGUGGAGGCGAUUGUGAACGAGCACGUCAGCCUGGUCAUCUCGCGCCAGAUCCUCAACGACGUGGGCGGCGAGCUGAGCAAACUGCCCGACGACCUCUCCAAGCAGCUCUCCCACUUCACCCUGGAGAAGGUUAAUCCGCGCGUCAUCUCGUUCGAGGAGCAGGUGGCCGGCAUCCGGUUCCACCUGGCCAACAUCUACGAGCGCAACCAGCAGUGGCGCGAUGCGGCCACGGUGCUGGUGGGCAUUCCGCUGGAGACGGGCCAGAAGCAGUACUCCGUGGAGUGCAAGCUGGGCACCUAUCUAAAGAUCGCCCGGCUCUACCUGGAGGACAACGAUUCCGUGCAGGCCGAGCUGUUCAUCAACCGUGCCUCACUGCUGCAGGCCGAAACCAACUCAGAGGAGCUGCAGGUGCUCUACAAAGUCUGCUAUGCCCGUGUGCUGGACUACCGGCGCAAGUUCAUCGAGGCCGCCCAGCGAUACAACGAGCUCUCCUACCGCAAGAUCGUUGACCAGGGCGAGCGGAUGACGGCGCUGAAGAAGGCGCUCAUCUGCACAGUACUCGCCUCUGCCGGACAGCAGCGCUCCCGCAUGCUGGCCACUUUGUUCAAGGACGAACGCUGCCAGCAUCUGCCGGCCUACGGGAUUCUGGAGAAGAUGUACUUGGAACGCAUCAUCCGACGCUCCGAGCUGCAAGAGUUCGAGGCUCUGCUGCAGGACCAUCAAAAGGCUGCCACGCCCGACGGCUCCUCGAUCCUGGAUCGGGCCGUCUUCGAGCACAAUCUGCUGUCGGCUAGCAAGCUGUACAACAACAUCACCUUCGAGGAACUGGGCGCUCUGCUGGACAUACCAGCGGUGAAGGCGGAGAAGAUCGCCUCCCAGAUGAUCACCGAGGGCCGCAUGAACGGACACAUCGACCAGAUCUCGGGCAUAGUGCACUUCGAGAACCGCGAGCUACUGCCGCAGUGGGAUAGACAGAUCCAGUCGCUGUGCUAUCAAGUGAAUUCCAUAAUAGAGAAGAUAAGUGUGGCCGAGCCAGAUUGGCUAGAUAACCUGAACUGAACCCGGCUCUCACCAGAUCCUCACUCACCUUCAUAUUCAUGAGAGACGUCGGCCAAUAAGAGCGCAGCAAAUCGGAUAUUAACCGCGCCUGCGAUAGAUUUCAUUUUUAAUUUAUAAAAAUAAAUGAAAUUAUGUACAUUA